GAGUUUGUCUCCGCCCCCUUUGUUUUCUCCGGUAGCCCUUCGCGCAGCCGUCCAGUGUCGAUCGAGAUGGCUGCAGGGAUGACAGUUUCCAGCAAACUCCGCGGCCUGCUGAUGCAGCAGCUGAGAGGCACCACUCAGCUGUACUUCAACGUCAGCCCUCGCUCUCUGAGCUCUUCUGCACAAGAGGCCUUCAAAAGCGCCCCCGAGGAAUUAUCAGGCCACAACUAUGAGUCUAUUCAGGUGACAUCGGCCCAGAAGCAUGUUCUCCACGUCCAGCUUAACCGGCCAGAGAAGAGGAACGCCAUGAACCAGGCCUUCUGGAGGGAGUUGGUGGAAUGCUUCCAGAAGAUAGCAGAGGACUCCGACUGUCGGGCUGUUGUAAUCUCUGGUGCAGGAAAAAUGUUCUCUUCUGGUAUUGACAUUAUGGACAUGGCGAAACUCCUGCAGCCCCCAGGAGAUGAUACGGCCCGCAAAGCGUGGUACCUCCGUGACCUCAUCAGCAGAUUCCAGAAGACCUUCACUGUCAUUGAGAAGUGCCCCAAGCCUGUGAUUGCUGCUAUCCACGGAGGCUGCGUUGGUGGAGCUGUGGACCUCAUCACUGCCUGUGACAUUCGCUACUGUACCCAGGAUGCGUUCUUCCAGGUCAAGGAGGUGGACAUUGGCCUGGCUGCUGAUGUGGGAACCCUGCAGCGACUUCCCAGGGUCAUUGGGAACCAGAGCCUGGUCAAUGAGCUGACCUUCACCGCCCGAAAGAUGAUGGCUGACGAGGCCCUGGACAGUGGGCUGGUCAGCCGUGUGUUCCCAGAUAAAGAUGUCAUGUUGAAUGCAGCCUUUGCCCUGGCGUCUGAGAUCUCCAGCAAGAGCCCUGUGGCUGUGCAGGGAUCCAAAAUCAACCUAAUCUACUCCCGAGACCAUUCAGUAAAUGAGAGCCUCGACUACAUGGCCACCUGGAACAUGAGCAUGCUGCAGACCCAGGACAUCAUCAAGUCAGUCCAGGCCGCCAUGGAGAAGAAGGACAUGAAAAAUGUCACCUUCUCCAAGCUCUGAGCGCCUUCUGUCUCGAGAGAGGAAGGCUCCAUGGAGGGUCAGGACGGUUCCUCAGUGCCUCCUCCCAUGUGGUCUCCCAGUGUACAGCCUUAUGGCUUAGUUCUUCAGCUCCGGAGCCUUAUCUUCACUGUGAACAAUAAAGCGUAAACACAG